AUGGAAUCAAGCCAGAGCCCGAUUCUGCAGUCGGCUGUGGAUGAGCCGGCUCCCAAGCGUGCUAAGCGACCGCGUGCUGCCCAAGCUUGCGACCGCUGCAGGACCAAGAAAUACAAGUGCGACGAGCAGUAUCCAUGUGCCCAUUGUAGAAAGAGUGGAUUGGAUUGCGUAUACCAAGGCAACUAUCGUGAGCGCGAAAGCAGCCGGUCUGCUAAUUAUGUCGUUGACCUGGAGAAGAAAGUGGAAGAGCUGGCGUCAAAAUUGCGCAUUGCUGAGGCCCAAAUUGCAGCACCUCCGCAUCCCCUAAAGGGGCCAAUGAGCCAACCGCCACUCUCCACAGGAAUCGAGACACCGCCGGCCUCUAUGGUUCGAACUGGGUCUACGCCUGGAGAUGCGACAAAGAUGCCCGGCGAGGCACGGGAGGAGUCAGCCGAGAGUGCUGACGAGAUUAAUGAGUUGAAUCAUCAUACCAACGGGAUUGAAUUUCACGGAAGCACCUCAUCAGCAGCACUCAUCGGCCACCUCACGAAGGCACGAGAGACAAAAAGCCACGAGGAGCGUCUUCCUCGUCCUCUAGAUUUCUCAUUGAUCUCCACAUUGCAUAAUCCAAGCUUCUCGCCAUCUUGUACCACUGGUCCAGCCCAUCCAACAUUGCUCGCAUCUAUCGAACAACAGAACUAUUAUUUUGAUCAGGCACAUGUCUUCAUGAAUGGAUAUUUCGAGAACAUACAUUUCAUUCACCCAUUUAUCGACAAAGAAGACUUCCUGGUGCGCGCCAACAACCUUUGGUUCAACCGGGCGCAUACUCCCGAGCCUAGUUUCGUUGCUCUAUACCUGAGUGUUCUCUCGUUUGGAUCCCUGGUGCGCGUGUGGGACGAGAGUACCCUUGCGGGAAUGGGACGAUUCGAAUGGAGUCGCAAGUUAUUUGGCGAGGCCCAAGCAUAUCUGAAUUAUCUACGGUUCUCGAAUGAUCUCGAGACAGUACAGUGUCUUUAUUUGAUGGCGAAAGUUUGCCAAAACGAACUUAACCCUAACUUGGCAUAUAUGUAUCUUGGCUUAGCUGUACGCACUUGCCUUUCAGCGGGAUUUAACAGAGAGGUUCAGUGUCCCAAGGACCAACGUACGAGCUGGAUCUCAAGGACGUGGUGGGGUUUGUUUUCGCUGGAAAUUGAAAUGGGAUUCUCCGUCGGGCGGCCUGAUACCCUGGGAAUGGACGAAUAUCAUAACCGAGCCAUCCCAGAGCGAGAUGACACAGAAUAUGCCAUCAUUCCUUGGAUGAUCGAUUUUGCGCAGAUCAUCCGACGUGUGUCCAUUCACAUCUACCAUUCCCGAAUCACACUGCAAGAAAAGCUGCAGCUGGCGCUUCAGAUCGAAAUGGAAAUGGACCGAUGGCUUGCAAGACUCCCAGAGAAGAUCAAGCCAGACAUUGGCGCAUACAGGCUUUCUCGAAGCGCGCUUCGGGAUCCCAAAUGGGCCCGAAGGCAACGGCUUGUGCUGGCUAUUCGAUUCUAUAACGUGAAGAUGCUCCUUUUCAGACCUUUCUUAAGCCACUUUACUCGCAAACUUCGACAUCCUCCAAAUGAACUGGAGGAAACUAUCUCGAAAUGCCUCGAUGCCGCUAUGAAGACAAUCGAAGUCGUGCACGACAUCUACCGAGUCCACACAUUCUUCCGAUGCUGGUGGUACAACACAACCUAUGUGAUGUUUGCCACAUCAACGCUCCUCCUCCCAAUGUCAAAACUCGGCAUGUGCGCCGAAACCAUGCCGCUUCUACGAUCCGUCGAAAUGGGCGUCGAGAUUCUGGAAGCUAUGGAAGAAUCUGUCGUGGCGCGCAAAUCAGUGGAAAUAAUCCGGCAGUACCUUCGAGACUUCAGGGCCUCGGGAGCACAACCGCCAGCUGCCGGUACGGAUGGUACCGAAGACAUGGCUGGGAAUGAGUCAGGCACAGGCAAUGGAUUUGAAAUACCCGAGUGGGCUUAUGGAUUCGGGUUCCCCGAUUACUCGUUCGACGGAAUCGCCCGGCUAUUUGAUGAUAUUGGAGGGCUGCCUAUGUUGGAUGGUUAG